AUGGGUCGCAACCUUUUAAUGAGCAGUUUAGAAAAUGCUUCUUUUAACAUUAUUCUUCAAAUAUUUUUUAGAUGUAUAACAUUUAUUAUCAAUGCCUGGGUAAUUCGAAAUGUUGGACAUGAUAUUAUUGGUAUAAUGAAUGUUCGACUUUUGUUAUUGGAAAGUACCAUAUUGUUCCUAAGUAGAGAACCCUUCUAUAGAGCCUGCUUAGGAGAGAAGGAUAACUGCACUUGGAAUCAAAUAAUGAAUCAGACAUGGUUGUCAGUACCAACAAGCUGUAUUCUUUCAACUGUUUUUGUAUACAUUUGGUUGCAUAUCCUGCCAUUGGGUCACCCAGAGCUUGUGUCUCAGUAUACAUUUGGAUGUUGGAGUGUUGCAAUUUCAUGCAUUUUGGAGCUGUGUUCAGCUAAUUUAAUUCUUGUUGCACAACUUUAUUGUUUUGUGAAGUUAAAGGUUAUCCUAGACACAUUACAUAUCUUUGUUAGAACAGUGCUGUUUCUUUCAAUUAUUAUUUAUGACAGGUCAAUGGCACUAAUAGCAUUUUCGGUGGCACAGGUAGUCAGUAUAGCAGUUGUUGUAAUUGCAUAUUAUUCUUUCUUUUAUUGGUACAUUAAAAAUAAACCUUUGUAUUCUAAAGGAGGCAUUAAAGCUAAAAUAGUUCCAAACAGAAUUUUACAUAAAUUAUAUACUAAUAUGGAUGACUUUAACUUUACAUCAAUAAGAGACUUCUUGCCAAAAUUUUCAGGUUCAUUUAAUAACAGUUUUGAUAAAAAGUUAAGAACUCUUACUGUUAGUUUUGCAAAGCAGGGUGUUGUGAAACAAUUAUUAACUGAAGGGGAGAAGUAUGUUAUGUCUGUGAGCCCUGUCAUGUCAUUUAGCGAGCAAGCUGUAUAUGAUGUGGUUAAUAAUCUAGGUAGCUUAGCGGCUCGAUUUAUAUUUCGUCCAAUUGAAGAAAGCAGUUAUUUUUAUUUUACUCAAAUGCUUAACCGUGAUUUACCACUCCAUAAACAAGAUCAAUAUAAAAUUCAGGAAUCUUGUACAGUACUAUCUCAAGUUUGUAAGAUGGUUAGUUCAAUUGGACUUAUUGUAUUUGUGUAUGGUCAGAGUUACUCGAGGACAUUACUAGCACUGUAUGGUGGAAAGGUGUUUGUUUCAAGCGGCUUGCCAGUGCAAUUACUCAGGAGUCACUGUUUGGCAAUUGUUUUAAUGGCCAUUAAUGGUAUGACAGAGUGUUACACUUUUGCUACUAUGACUAGUGGUCAACUAAACAGUUACAACUAUCUUAUGGUAUUCUUUUCUAUAACUUUUUUGCUUUUGUCAUAUAUUUUUACAUACUUAUUUGGUCCAGUUGGAUUUAUUAUAUCAAAUUGUAUAAAUAUGUUUGUUCGUAUACUGCAUAGUAUUCAUUUUAUUCGUGAUAAAUAUAAUGAUACUAGUUUCAAGCCAUUGGAAGGUCUUUUUGUGGGUAAAUUCUUUUUAACUAUUUUAACGGUCACUGGUAUUAUAUGCAAAAUCUCUGAAGAUAAGCUUUAUGACACUAAUCUAGUGGGACAUUUGGUUGUUGGUAUUGCAUGUUUAAUUUGUGUAUUAUUAGCAUGGGGAUAUGAAAAUAGAGAACUUGUUAUCAAAACUUAUAACAAAUUUUUCAUCAAAGAAAAUACGAAGCUUUCAAAAGACUAACAUUCGUAUUUGUAAAUAUUAUUAGAAAAGUUGGUAAAAUUUAGAAUAUUUAUUAUAAAAUACUCAAAUGUAAUAAAUAUAGAACAUUUUUAUUAAAUAAACAAUACAAUAUAAUGUUUUUUUAUAACUAUUUUUUGCAGUCAUUACA